AUGAAUUUUAACGGCGACUGGUAUACCGGCUUUAGUAUGAAGUAUAAUCAAUCGGUCAACAUUACUGGUAUUUUGCAGUAUGAUACGAUUUGGCGAAAAAUACCGUGUAAAUUCAGUUCAUCUAUGGCAUAUUUCUAUAAACAAGGAAAAAGUGUUUGUAUUUAUGCAAAACACGAUCAAGACAAGCCGGUACCGAUCGGUAUACUGGUGACCGGUACCGGUAUCGAAGUUUUGAUACCGGCUACACCCCUGCCCUGCGAAGUAGACCAUGAGCAAGUAUUUAUGAUUAUAUCCGGUGCCUUCGCAAACGAAGUUGUUCCUCUUGUCCAUACAACACCUCAACUCUACUCUAUUUAUAUUUUCUGCUCGGACAAAACGGAACAUGAAAUAUGGAUAAAUAAAUUUACCAAGGUCAAAGGACUUUUCACCGAAAUCGAACCCGUUUGUGAUUUACUAAAACAACACACAAAACAAUGUGAUCGUGAUUUAUCACCCAUCAGCAUUCUAUCUCCAACAGAUUAUCAGAUGAACGAUUUAAAUGAUAUUGAACCUUCGUUCAUGUAUACACAAUUGCUUAAAGAGAUUCUUCUCGAUGCUGAAUACGAAGACAAUGCUAGACAAGAGCUAAGACAACUAUGGCGUGAUUAUUAUCAUGACAAUGAAUUUCAAUUGAAGAUUAUUGAUGAAUUCGAACGAGACUAUAAUCCUGAUUUGGCCAUAUGGUGGUACACUAGAGAAUAUUUUACUUAUUCAAUGCUCAAUCGAGCUCUACGAACCAUAGAUAUCGAUCAUGUGAUCAAGAUGGGCUUUUUCUUAUGUGACAUUCAUCGACAAAUUCAACGUGUGCACGCCGAAGCAUCACAAAUUAGAGAUCUACGGACUGUCUACCGAGGUCAAGGCAUGUACAAUAUUGAAUUCGAAAAAUUACAAAAGAGUAUUGGUGGAAUCUUAUCUUUCAACAACUUUUUAUCGACAAGUACUGAUCGACAAGUGUCUCUGCUCUAUGCUCAAAGUUCUGCUGAAAAUUCGUUAAUGAUCGGUAUUCUUUUUGAAAUACAUAUCGAUAUUGCAAACACAUCGACGCCAUUUGCCUCACUGGAGAACAUCAGUUAUUUUUCGUCUGAAAACGAAAUUCUAUUUUCGAUGCACAGUACAUUUCGAAUCGGUGAGAUGAGAAAAAUUGAUGAAAGAGUAUGGCAAGUGCAACUUAUAUCGACAAAUAACAAUGAUGAACAACUUAAAACUUUAACAGAACUUAUGCGAAAAGAAACAUCGGGAAAUACAGAAUAUGAUCGAUUAGGUCGAUUGAUGAUUAAAAUGGGAGAAUUCGACAUAGCAGAAGAAAUCUACCAGAUAUUACUUGAUGAGGCAGUCGGAAGGAAUGAGAAAGAACUCGCUCAUAUUUAUCAUCAAAUUGGAAGAAUUAAAGACGAAAAAGGAGAUUAUGAUCAAGCUUUCACAUUCUAUCAAAAGACACUUGAAAUCAAACAAAAUGAUUUGUCUUCGAAUCAGCGUGAUCUUGCCGAUAUCUACACAGACAUCGGUGUUGUGUACAAAAAUAUCGGCGAUUAUGUGAGUGCAUUAUCAUUUUAUCAAAAAAGUCUUGAAAUCGAUAAAAAAUGUGUUCCUAUCCAUCAUCGUGAUUUAGCUACUAUUCACAGUAACAUUGGUGGAGUUUAUUUGAAUAUGGGAGAUUAUUCAAGUGCACUCUCAUUCUAUGAACAAACGCUUGAAAUUGAGCAACAAUCUCUUCCUGACAAUCAUCCAUCGCUAGCCACUACAUUCAGCAAUAUCGGACUAGUGUAUGACAAGAUCGGAGACGAUUCGAAUGCACUGUCAUUUUAUCAGAAAUCACUGGAAAUCCAACAGAGAGCUCUUCUUCCGAAUCAUCCAUCAUUAGCGACGACUUAUAACAAUAUCGGUGGAGUACAUUAUAACAUGGGUGAUUAUUCGAACGCACUCUUAUGCUAUGAAAAAGCACUUGAAAUUCGACAAAAAUCUCUUCCGUCCAAUCAUCCAUCGCUCGCCACUAUCUACAGCAAUAUUGGUGUUAUAAGUCACAAUGAUAGAGAUGAUUCAACUGCACUUUUGUUCUUCCAAAAAGCGCUUGAAAUUCAAAAACAGUCUCUCUCUCUUCAUCAUCCAUCGUUAGCUACUACCUACAACAACAUCGGUGGAUCGUACAAAAAUUUGGGUGACUACACCAGUGCCAUUGCAUUCUAUCAAAAAGCAAUUGAAGUUCAUGAAAAACAUUUCUCUUCAAAUCAUCCUGGUCUAGCUACGUUUUACAGUAACAUCGGUAUCGUGUACAAUAAUAUGGGAGAUUAUUCGAACGCUCUCUCACUCUAUCAAAAGGCACUUGAAAUUCGACAAAAAUCUCUCUCUUCUAAUCAUCGCGAUCUUGCUGUCAAUUAUAAAAAUAUUGGUGAAGCAUAUGAAAAUAUGAAAGAUUAUUCAAGAGCACUAUCGUUUUUUGAACAUGCUCUGCAGAUUGGACAAAAUUCACUUCCAGAAAAUCAUACACAUUUGAAGAUUUUUCGACAGUGUAUUUGCAAUAUGCAAGAGAAAUUGCAACUACAGUUGUCGAAGGGUAUCGCGAAAACAUUAAGAAAAAUUUUCAAACAAAUUGACGCAGAAAAAUCUCCAUGUAGAGUUGGUGUUGAAUCGGCCACGGGAGUAGCUUAUGUAGGUGCUCAAUAUGACACUGGUAUACUUAAAUUUGAGCGAAGCAUGCAACAAUCCCAAACCAGGGCUCACUGA